AUAUGUGAUUGGUAGUGGUUACCAAAUAAGAAUCUGAGAGACAUAAUAAUUACACACUCUCAACUUUCAACUCAGAUGAACAUUAAUCGUCUCCAAAGCAUCCUCCUUCUCGGCACCACCACUCCCCACCGCCGCUUGCUUCCACCCCACUCGUUUAUUUCCAGGGCUUGGUUUUGUAGCGGCAGAAGCUUCAGAAAUCCGACCCACAUGGAAACCGAUGCUUCUUGUGACGCGGCGGUUGUGGGUGACUCCGACUUCCUGCUCAAGAAAAUUGAUGCUAUUCGCGAUGCCGGUCCCGCCAAACUUCAGGUGAUAGCAGAUUUUGAUGCCACCUUGACCAGGUACCGGGUCAAUGGUUGCCGGGGACAAAGUAGUCAUGGUCUUUUGCAGCAGGAGAAUCCGGAAUAUGAUAGGAAAAGACAGGAAUUGUAUGAACAUUAUCAUCCGUUAGAGUUCUCCCCGACAAUUCCACUUGAAGAGAAAACUAAGCUUAUGGAAGAAUGGUGGGGGAAAACUCAUGGGCUCUUAGUUGAGGGUGGCGUUACAUACGAUGGAAUAAAGCAAUCUGUUGCUCACUCCACGAUUGCUUUUAGGGAGGGUGUUGUAGAACUAUUUGAGUUUUUGGAGGAGAGAGACGUCCCCGUUCUUAUAUUUUCUGCGGGACUUGCUGAUAUCAUAGAGGAGGUCAUGCGCCAGAAGGUUCACAGACUUUUCAAAAAUGUGAAGAUUGUCUCCAAUCGGAUGGUAUUUGAUGAUAACGGUCGCCUCGUAACUUUCAGAGGGAAGACAAUUCAUAGUUUGAAUAAAAAUGAGCAUGCUCUUGAUAUGGCUGGUCCCCUUCAUGAUCGAUUAGGUGACGUAGACGGGCCACCUUAUGAGAAUGCCUCAGUCAAGACCAGGUUAAAUGUCCUGCUUCUGGGUGAUCACAUUGGUGACCUUGGAAUGUCUGACGGUUUGAACUAUGAGAACAGAAUAUCCGUGGGAUUUCUGAAUGACAAUGUGGAGAACUCUCUUGAUGGCUAUCGAAAAGCCUUUGAUAUGGUUUACCUGAAUGAUGCACCCAUGUGGGGAGUCGUAAAGCUUGUUUCGUAACUUUGUCCAGUUGGAGGUGAUUGAGUGGCAUGCUCUUAUAUUUCAUUACUUCGAAGCGCCUUUCCUGCUUUGGUCGAUUCAUACCGAUGGAAAGUUUUGGUAAAGUUUUCCUUCAAUCUGCAAAAGCUUUUGCAGGAUGCGACUUAUCAUCUUUUCUCAUCAAUAGAAUAAAUAUUUUCAAUUGAUGUUGCCCUUUUUUUCCUCGAACAAUCUCUUGAUGAAGCUCUGCGUUGGGAGCUGAUAAACAUCUGUAAAUUUGCGCCGAAAUAAGGAAUCGGCGUUGAUCCUUCAUUCCGUUUGCUGAAAUCAAUUUGCAAUGUUUACAAGCGUA